GCAAAGGAUUCCUCCGCAAUAGGGAAAUCGCCAAGUCGACCGCUCGACGCAGCUUCAAAGUCGGAGUCCCGCUCGAGGUUCAGCGUCGCUUCGAGGUCGCACUCAGCCUUGAAUUCGUACGUCGGAGAGCGCGACCAGGCACCAGCCACCCCGCGAGACCUUACGACGGAAUUUGAGCUGACCAGGGGCCUACCGGACGUCGGGUCAACCAUAGCGACAGAGCCGAUGGGUGGACAACACUGGAGUCGUUACCAGUCCAAGGAAGUGACAAAAACUGGAUAUCAGAAGCCGCCGUCGGAGGAGGAGGCCGAGAAUGAAUUCGAGAUCGAUCAUCGCGCCCCCACAGUACUUGCUGUUGCUGGAGACCAGAGGGCGGCCACAGCCCGGGCAAAGGACCAGGACAAGGAAGCACGUCGCGUGCCCCGCGAGGAGCAGAAGAGAAAGGGCAGGAAAUCGUCCGGCGGAUCCAGCGUGAAGUCUUCCACGGCGUCAGCGAGGCGUCAUCGAAAGCACUCCCACCCGGAGACGCCACCUGCAGUCGAUUCGGUCAAACCUUCGGCCUCUGGAAAUCCGGUAAUGACGUCAACCUACCAUCCUCAUAUGGAAGCUGCAGACGGGGCUGCUCCGCCUGCCAUCGUCACGGCUACGGCGUCCACGGCUGCUACUCCUACCCGUGUUAACGCUGCGCUCGCCGCAACAAAGGAUGCCACAAAGGUGCGGGAUGACGAGCGGUCGUCGAGGAAGUCUCAAGCGAGGAGGUCGCAGCGCAGGAAGAGCAAAGGGCAGGUCUCAACUGCCAGCUGCACGGCCACCCCUGCAUUUGUCCGAGACGCCACCGGCGAGCCAUCCGCCGCUGCACACAGUUCGGCGUUGCCAACCGCCAUCGCCGCGUCAGCCGCUUCCUUCGGCGGGAUUACACAGAAGGCAGCUGUGCAAGAGCCCGUCAAGCCCGCGGUGACGUCACUCCGCGACAGUGACGGCCGAGAACGUUAACGCGGCAAUGCCAUCGAAACCCCGGGGUUGCGAUUCCCUGCCCUCGA